CUUCACCGCAGCGUCCGCCGCGCACGCGACAUAUACAAGCCUCUCCACGAACUCAUCGCCGUUCUCCCCGACGACGCUUCCGGUUCCUUCAACCGCCAUCUCUGCGACCGCGCUUUCGAUCUCUUCGUCCAAUUCGACAGCCAGGAAAACCCGUUCGUCUUCCCGCACAACUUCUCCGACGUCCGUGACAGCUUAUCCGGCCUCAAGCUCGAGAUUGAACGCCGGCGCUUGCGGUGCUAUGCGAGGAUUCGCCUCCUCAAACGGUUCCACACGAGUUGUCUGGCCUGUUUAGUUGUAACCGCCGUGGGAGCAGUGAUCUCGGCCGUGCUGGUCACUGCGCAUGCGGUCGCAGGCUUUGCUGCGGUUGCUGCCUGCGGCGGCUCGUGUCUUCCAAAGAAGAAGGUAAAGAAGGAACUUACAAGGUUGAAUCAGCUGAAUGCUGCAUCAAAGGGUACUCUUGUGAUGAAUGACAUUGACACUGUGAAUAGCCUUGUUGAUCGGUUGCAAACUGCGGUGGAGGGAGACCGGGUGCUGAUUCAGUUCGCGCUGAACCGGGGGAGGGAGAGGCAUCCCAUUCAGGAGGUUCUGAAGCAGCUCCGCAAGAACCAGCAGAGUUUUGAACCGCUGCUUUCCGAACUUGAGGUACAGAUAUAUCUCUGCUUCAAUGCUGUUAAUAAGGCUAGAAUGUUGCUGCUUCAAGAGAUAUGUCUUUAUCCCAAUUUGUAGUUAGUUUCUAACCAUUUAGUCCUAACUUUGUUUACAAGUGCAACCUAUUUAAGCAAUGCACACCCGAUCCACACUUGAUGGAUCUUCCUCAAAAACUUGAUGAUAUGUUCAAUCCCUAAUGUAAUAAGUAAUUACCCAUAUUCAAUUCAUUAAUAUAAGAAACUUCACAUAUAGCAGCACUUUUUGCCAAUA